CUUCCGCUGAGCCUGUCAUCUGUGGGUUGAGGGGCUGUGCGCGCGCAUCUCCUGCAUUAUGGCUGCAUGUAGCCGCUUGUUAAGUUUGGGGAUUCGAGUUUUGGCGCAGCGUGUCCCAUGGCAGGGACAUUCCUGGUUACAGGAGACGGCUCAGCUUGUACGAGUACGCAGGCAUGGCGCUUGUCGCUUCCUUGCGCAACUAACUCCGAGAAACAACAUUAAAUUUAAGCUGGAUGAGAAGACGGCACAUAGCAGUCUUGAACUCUUCAAGAAAGAUACAGGAGUGUUAUACUACAUGCUGGGUGUGGAUCCAACGAAGGUGCCUGCUAACCCAGAGCGUUUUCGUGAAUGGGCAGUAGUUUUUGGUGAUACAGCUAUUACAACAGGCCGUCACUACUGGGAGGUAUCGGUUUGCAAGUCUCAAGAAUUUCGUAUUGGAGUUGCAGAUUCUGACAUGUCUAGAGAGGACUGUGUUGGAACUAACAAUAGCUCUUGGGUUUUCGGCUAUACACACCGAAAAUGGUAUGCAAUGACAACUAAUGAGAUGGUGCCUGUUUCUUUGGUUGGAAAGCCUGACAGGGUUGGGCUCCUUUUGGACUAUGAUGGACAAAAAUUAGCACUAGUGGAUCCAGAAAAGCAAUCCAUUAUCCAUGUUAUGACAGCAAAUUUCAAAACCCCAAUUUGUCCUGCUUUUGCACUUUGGGAUGGAGAGCUGGUAACUCACACAGGACUGCAAAUACCCGAUAGCCUUUAAAACCAUCAAACUUUUUAAUUCUAUAAUACAUCAAUGAAUUAAGUUUUUUUUUUUUUUUUAAAACUUUGGUGUGCUUAUACUUGAUUUUGAUUAUGUGUAAUCAGCCUUGACGGGUAUCAUUUAAACAAGGAAGCAUCUUCCCAAAGUAUCAUUUACAACACUUUUUUAGAUGUAAAUGGAGUUUAUAUAAAAUGCAGUUGUAUCCGAGUGAAGCAGCCUGGGUUUAGUACAGUAAAUUGGAAAAAAAUACUUUCUAAUUGCCUUUAUAUGUGACAAAUGAAAAACUAAAGCAAAUAAUAAUAAUCAGGGAGAACAGGUUUUGAGUGGUAAUUAAACACAGUUGGGUGAUUCAAACAAGAUGAGCUCAAACGGCAUACAGAAUUCAAGCUGUUUAUACUAUAAAGAUAUACACUUAUAGGCAUCAAGGUGCUGUGAAAUACAUUUAUAUUACUUAUGCUGGUUGAUUUUCAGUAAUAAAGGAAACCGGAUGGAUGUGAAUAAAAUAUCAGUUGUGGUGUUCUCCUGGUGGGAUACAUUAGUUUAAAGAAAUGGUGAGAACCUUUCACAUUUAUUUAGGCAAUUGCUGUACAAUGGUAGUCCUCUUCAGGUGAAGUAUCUAUUGGUGCCACGUAUGUAUCAACCAAAUUAUUUUUAUUUUUGUCAAAGUCAACAGUACUGAUGAGUCCCAUGAUUUUAGUAAUGUAGUUUUGUGGAGAUGCACACAAAACAGAUCUAGUAGCUAAGGAAUUGAACUAUAAAGCACAAGAUUGCAAGCUGGAUUUGUGUCCUGGACUUGCUGUAAGUUAAGGUGUAUUUGGAGCGGCAUUCCAAUGCAGAUUGUAGUUAACCCUUUAAUCCCCUACUUAAUCUGUGUCUGGUUAAUGUUGCACUUUACUGAAGUUACAGUGCCAAAGCAGCAAUUUAUAAGGUAUACAAGUGAUAUUGCAUGAUUUACUGAUUAUUGUAGCCAUAUUUUCAAAAUGUUUUGUAUUUAUAAAAUGAAAACCAACCUAUAGGAUAGACUUAAGUCCAUUAUAAAUGCAGAUAUUAAAUUUUAUUCAUGAUUUUAUGAUCGCCUGUACACACUCCUUUUGCUAUCCCCUGCCUAUACUGACUUCUGUUACUAGGGUCACCAACUGAAGAGAUAAUAGUAGUUAGCAUGCUACAUAUAAAGUAUUUUGGGACAUGGCAUUAUAGAAAUAAACAUUUAAAAGUGAAAUUAUAAAACCCGGAUAUCUAAAAGGGUAAUGAUAAGUUUGUCAUUGUGUUUUCUUCAAUGUGGUUUACUUUAAAUUAUAGCAAAUAAAAUAUUUGUAUAAUUGUAGAGAACUUUAAUAGAACAGAAAAAAAUGCCAGCUAAAGGAUGAGUUAAGGUUAGUAAAUGUUUCAUGCAGUGAUUGGCCCACAGUGUUCGGUGAAUUGUAAUUUCCAGUUUGUAAAGUCACUGAGAAAUAGCAGUUUGCUAAAUUUAAAACUUAAAUAAAGAAUGUGCAGGUAAAUAACAAACAAUCAUGAGUUUGAAGGAGUUUUACAAGAACAUGAGCUGAACUCAUUGAUUUACUUUAAAAGACUUAAAUCAAAUCUUGUUUCAGUUUUCACCAGCAGGUGUCACCAUAAUCAUUAAGGGAAAUAAGUACACUCCAUAGGUACUAAGUAGUAUGGUACUUUAAUGCUGCAGUGUUUCAGCUUCAGAGACAGUUUCAAAAAUCCAUGUUACUUUUUGUGUAUUGGGACAAUGGGACAUUUUGAUUUUGCAUAUUAUUUACGAAGGACUCGGUUAUUUAACAAAAGAGAGGAAGGAGCUUAAAUACACACAGAAUAAAUAAAAAAUUACCCUUCAAUUUAGUGAAUAUGAUUAAUUAAUGUAUAGUCAUGCAGGUUGAAGCCUAUCCCUGCACAACCCAGUGCAAGGCAGAGUACAAACAAUGAUAGAAUAUUAAUUUGUCACAAUGUAUCCAACCAUAAUCACUCACACUAGGCCAUAUUAAAGUUGCAGAUUAAUAUAACGUUAAGGUCUUUAUGAUGUGGGGAAAACUUGGGUAAAUAAAGGGAGAACACGCAAACCUCAACCAUUUAUUAAAACAAUUUAUCCACUUCAAUUUGAUGAAGGGAAUAAACCUAGACUGUUGAAAAGCUGUCCACUGGACUAUCCGCUGACAGCUUUAUUACUGUGCUUUCUUACCUUUCAGGUAACACUUUCUUUGUAGCAUUUUUGGUGGGAUCACACUGUGCCACACCAGUUUAGUCUGGCUGAACUGACCUGCAGACAAACACAGAAAUACACUCACGUAUAAGUAGACUAACACUACUUUAUGGAUAAAAAUAAUAAAAGGUACAUAGGGAAAGCAGUUUAGAAUGGAAGAGGGAUACCAUACAAAAAAGGAAAAUAUAGAAAACCAACCCCAUGCAUCAAACUCAUGGAAAGAAAGUUCUGGCAAAUGUUGGCUAAUUGAGAACACCGGGGCCCCACAAAACGUCAAUUUUAAUGAAGAACAAGCAAUUUUAAAGCAGCAUGCUUCCAAAUUCAUGUGCUCUCAUAUAGAAGGGUGUUUAAUGCCCCACAGUCGAAAGAAGCUCAACUGUAAAAAAAAAUUAAUUGAACUCUCCCAUGCCCAAAGACUGGUACUGUAAAAAUUGUACUUUAAUGUGAUGUCAGCAGCUAAGGAAAAAGUGGAAUUGAGCUGUGAUACAUUGGUAAGGUUACUGCCUGUCUGGUACAAUGUCCUGGGUUUGAAUUGUAGACUUUUCUCCGAUUGUGUGACAUUUCAAUAUUCUUGUCCAUUUAUUUUUCUCCUGCAUCCUAAACGCAUGGAGGUUACUUGAUAUGUAGUUCUGUGUUCGUCAUCUGUGGUGUGUUUGGCCAUCUCCUCCUUUGAUCAUAUGCACAACUUCAAAAUAUACCUUCACAAACCUUGGAGUUCCCUGAUUUACAUUUCUAGGUGGCCAUCUUCUUCAUGGUGCCAAAUCCUUCAUUCUCCUGCCUGAGAAAAUAAUAAAAAUCUUUGCAGCC